UCCAGUAACCUUCCUCCACACACCGACACGAUCUCUCCGGCUGAUAUCGGCCACAUUCCUCCGCUCAGGACAGAAACCCACACACUUUUUUGGAUACUUUCUGUGGAUUUUAAUGCCUGAGUUAAUCCUUCGUUUAGCACUACUCUCGGGUAGUUUGCAUACAUUUUCCUUUGGUGACGAGCGGCUGCGGUGCGGGGCUGAACAUAUCCGCAAGCUGUGUUUAGGUGCUCACUCCCAGCCCCUCUCUGGAUGCAUCAGACUCCUCUCCCCCGGGGCCCUGGACCCGGUGUGUGACCCCGCCACCCUCACCCCAUUCCCCCUCUCUUCCCUCUCCCUCCGCCCUAAACUCCUUUCCACCUGUUCACCUCGGCGCUCCACUUGUUGGCCCCCUGCCUCUCGACCGGCAGGCCGAGGCAGGGGGCCAUGGCGCCAUGGUAGCGUUCAGCGGACGCAACACCCUCGCCAUGAGCAGCGUGACCUCUCCGGAGAGCAGGGUUCAGGGGUCCAACUUUACCCCGCAUCACUACAAGCCCUUCAGCUCGCAUGCACACUACCAGCAGGUGAUGCGUGCAUUGCGUAGGCUACAGGAGAGUGGGUUUUACUGGGGGGCUGUUGGAGGCCGGGAGGCCAGCUCCCUGCUGCGCUCUGAACCGCCCGGUACCUUCCUGAUCCGCGACUCCUCGGACCACCACCACUUCUUCACCCUCUCAGUCCAGACUGCUCGAGGAACCAAGAACCUGCGCAUCCACAGCGAGGGAGGCGGCUUCUUCUUACAACCGGACCCCCAAAACACCCAAGAGCUGCCACAGUUUGAUUGUGUGCUGAAACUCGUAGCGCACUACAUGGGGAAAGGGUCGGACGCUGGAAGGACCCGUGACGGGGCGUGUGGAGGGAAUUCAAGGGAGGGAGAAAAGAAGGGGUGCAGUGUGUAUCUGAUCCACACCGGCGGGGAAAGGAUUCCCUUGGAACUGCGUCGGCCCCUCAUUAGUUCCCUCUCGUCCCUGCAGCACAUGUGCAGGAGGACCCUGAACAACCUGGGGGGGUCGGAGCGAGCCGAGCAGCUCCCGCACACACUCAGAGACUUCCUGGAGGAGUACGAUGCUCCUAUAUGACUGACAGGAACCGCAGAGGUUCCACCACAUGGACCAGGUGCCUGGAGGACGGCGCAGACUAGUUCUGUGAAUAUGUGCGUCGUCAGACACUGACCAGCCUUAGAUGCCAAUGUGAGGUCAGUUGUUUCCUUGCGACCCAAAUCAGCUUCAACACUGGCGGACACCAUCUACCUAGAGUCUCCCGCUGACCUGGGGUCUGGGAUGAGGAAUAGGCUUGGGCGGUAUCUGUUUUUUCCUUCCUGAAAUUUUACCGGCGUAUACGGUAUGUAACGGUAUCAGUGUGCAGCUCUAACCCCCCUCCCCUGACACCGCCAACUGGCGAGUUUGCUACGUUCUGCAGGCUGUCUCUGUCCAUUUUCAGUCCACUAAAUACACAAUACAUUUGCGAGAUGUCAGCAAGUAAUAUUCACCUGUUAUACACCCAUUUUCAUUAUUAAUCAGAAAAACACAACCAUACACCCUCUGAAAUCAUGUUUCUCACUUUUACCGAAACUAAGACUUCAGCACUGUGGAACCUGUUGUUUUUUAUGUUGGCGCCCAUGUUACCACAUUAGAGCAGCCACACUGAUGCAAGUGAUGCAAGUGCAAGCAGCGCUGCUCAGUUGCGGCUUAUGUAGGAGUCUCACCGAUUUUUUUCAGCAUGACGCGCCCAGUUUUCAACAAAACUAGACAGUAAAAAUGGUCUUUUGAUGAUCAUAUUGACUCUACGGAAGCUUUUACCACAGUUUCGAUGUCUGUAUCUGUCACAGACAUUACGAAAUACAAAUUUAUCUUUUUCACUCAACCCUCUUCUGUUUGUGUUUCAAAAUAAAAGCCCUCUGACAGCGUUUCUGACGACAAAAUCCCUUCAGUUUUUAACACAAGGCAUUUUAUUGUGAAACAUUUGACAGACUGUGACAGUGCAGUACCUUGCACGGCUUCAUAAAUGAGUGAAGUGUGUGCUUUUAAUUGUGGAAGUACUGUAGUUAUAACAGCAGGCAGCUCUGCAGCUGCGUAGCAACAACAAACGCUGCCAAUGUGAACACACACUGCCCACGCAUGCAGUGUGGCCCGGGCGUAACCUCCAGGGUACGUGAUGCACACUGCAUGCAAAACAUCUUCAGUACAGCCUCUCCGGUGUGAAGUUAACCGAAAGAUGAGGGUCCAUAUUUUUAAGGUAUUUAAAAUCAUGCUGUCAUGAUUUCUCAAUAACCCGACAUACCGUCUCACCAUGAUACCACCCAUGCCUAGAGUGUGAUUUACCUCAUCCGUCCUGCCUUGCAAAAACUGACCACUAAUGUGAGUGGCGAAAGAAGCCAGAGGUCAAAGGUCAGUGUUUCCUAUGACUGACUCAGACGCAGAGCAGAGUCUCGUAGAAGAUUAACCUGAUUGGUCGAUAUUAACGACGACAGUGACGACAUGAUCAAUACACCACCAGUGAUCCCCGUGGGUUUUAAUGUGCUCCAAGAAAAAAAAACCUUCCCCUCUCCUCCGUCAGCCUGACAUUUACAACUCUUUGGAUCAGCGGACAGAAAGAAAGACGACAAAGAGCCGGAAGGUUCAGAGGGGGUGAACGAAGGCGGAGUUACAGAGAAAAGGCAAAGUCUGAACGAGGGGCCCAAAGCAGAGAACAUACAGCAUUUGUUUGUCUGAGUGUGUGUGUGUGUUUGUGUGUUGUGGCGAAGCACACAUUUCCAGCUCUGCUUCCCGCAAGUGUUGCCUCACAGAGGGGAGAGGGGCGGUCAUGCACGCUCGCUAUACACACACACACACACACACACACACACACACACAAACACACACACAGGUACAAGCCAGCAUGUGAAAGGGAACAAGAGAGAGAAAACAAGCAUUACAAAGCAUCUUCUCCUCUUUGUUUUUUGGUUCUCCUACAUUACCAACUUCUCUCUUACAUUACCGACUCCCUGCAACCCUUUUGAGUUGACAGUGACAGAAAACAGGCUGCUGUUGCCGAGACAAAAGCUUGUUACUGAGACAAAAGCCUUGGCACGGCACCAAACAAAACAGCAGAACUUAUUUUUAUCCAGACCGGCUGGAAAGAUGUCAGCGACACUGUAAAGGCUCCUCGGGGAAUGACGACGGUGAUGAUGAUCCGAGAGAUUUUGGGGGGGAGGGUGAAGAAGAGGGAUUGAACGAAGGAGAAAGAAGAGCGGGAAAUGGGAUUAGGAAAAGGAAAUUGAAGAGGACAGAGGACUGGGGAGGGGGCUUGGGGAGAAGUGGGAGGAGACAUACUGGUAUACAGCUAAACAAGAACACUGACGUGAUUGAUGUCCUCAGACUUAGAGGAAAUGUUUCAACAGGACGCUGCUCCUGUAAAUAUAAAACCAGGUUUGCUAAGAAGCCCCGUGUGAAAAAAAAAAAGUUUUGGCUGAGUCUUAAUUAUGUUUUUGAUUUAACAUUAUCAUCUCGAACGUAUUGCUUUUUGUGUCUGUGCUCUCUCCUGGUUUGCUUACAUCAUGCAGGAGAAAAUGUGUGUUUUUUAAUCCCUGUAACUUUAGAAAGGUUUCUCACCCUCAUCGUUACCUCUGAAGCAGUUGUCUGAAUGUCAAGGGAACACAAGACUUCCUUUAAGUGAUUCUUAAAAAAACGCCUUUUGUAAAACAAAGACUCAGAUUUGAUCAGAAUAGUCCGUGUUUCACCAGUGCUCAUACUUACCUGUGAUCCAUAUUGGAGUGGAAGCCUUUUCACAUCGUAAAAUUUCAGACAAAAAGCACUGAAAACGUACCAUUGCGGCAUAUUUUUGGUCAAAUCUACGUCUUAUUUUCUCACAUUAACACCAAGUUUUUGUUUUUUUUUUUACAUGUGUUGCACCAGUUGGACCACAUGUGUAUGUGAAUCAUUUUGUCUUUUAUAAAGACUCUCUCGCAAAAGGCUGGCCACUAGUCUGGCAAAAUACAAGGUGUAAUAUCUGAAAUGACAAAGCAUUACAAGAAAAAAAAAAAUAAAUGAAAAGGAAACAUUGCACAUAUUUAUAUUUCUAAAAUAUUUCAAUAAUUUAUAUUAAAGAGCACUAUUUUUACAAAAGUCAA